AUGAACUCGACGUCGACCUACGACUUGCCGCCUCUACCGACAUAUACAGCUGUCGUGCGCGACGACGUACUGUCAUUCCUCCCGGAUCUGUACCUCUUGACCCUUGCGCCCACCGUCUCAUAUUGGGUAGUUUCCAUCUUCUUCCACAUCGUCGACACCUACGAUUUCUGGCCUCAGUAUCGUCUGCACACGCCUGCCGAGAUUACACAACGGAACCGCGUCACCCGGUACGAGGUGCUUCGCGAUGUCAUCUUCCAGCAGAUCCUGCAGGCUGUCGUGUCCGUCAUCCUGGGCUUGACUGAUCCGCCGCAGAUGACCGGCACGGAGGAGUACGACGUGGCUGUAUGGGCGACUCGCAUCCGGCUAGCCCAGCGCGCGUUGCCAUCACUGCUAGGCUUUCUCGGCCUCAACGCCACUGCUCUGUCCAAGAACAUGGCCGGUUCUCAUCCUCUGCUCGCUGGAGUGCUUGCAGGUGGACACUAUCCGUUCUUGACAACCUCCUUGGCUGCUACUAACGGCACUACAUCUGUCCCGGCUUUCGCGGCCUGGGAGCUGUUCGUCGCAAAGGUCAUCUACAACGUAGUGAUUCCUGGCCUCCAAUUCCUCGCGGCCACUGUUUUCCUCGAUACCUGGCAGUACUUCCUCCACAGAGCCAUGCACAUGAACAGGUGGCUGUACACUACCCUGCACUCUCGACACCACCGUCUCUACGUCCCUUACGCAUACGGUGCUUUGUACAACCACCCUGUUGAGGGCUUCUUGCUUGACACCGUCGGGGCCGGUCUGGCCUAUAAGCUUUCUUUCAUGACCUCAAGACAGGGUAUGCUGUUCUUCGCCUUCUCGUCGAUGAAGACUGUCGACGACCACUGCGGAUACGCACUUCCAUGGGACCCCCUCCAGCACAUCUCUGGCAACAACGCUGCCUACCACGACAUCCACCACCAAAGCUGGGGCAUCAAGACGAAUUUCGCGCAACCAUACUUCACCUUUUGGGACCGGAUUCUGGGUACAAUGUGGAAGGGCGAUACGACUUUGAAAUACGAGAGAUCUCGCGUCAACGCCGAGAACGCUCUCAAGGCUGAAGCUGAAAAGCCAACGGCGGCCACCAAGUCUUCUUGA